CGUCUCGCGCCUGUGCAGGGGCAUUUGGGGCCAUAGCGAAGGAAAAGACUGUGAUCCGGGUAAGGGACUCCUGGAUAGGGCUGGUACCAACUGUAACCCCCAUCAUCAUCAUCUCUGGCAAAAUAAAAAAUAACCCCUCGUUUGAAUUUUGCGUUUCACGUUUCACCGAUGUAUCGGGUACUGAGAGAACGCGUCAAGUGAAAAUUCGAGUCAUUCAAGGGAAAUUAGUGGAGUGAUCGUGACUUUCCUCGGUUCAUUCACGGGAGUUGUUUUUUUUUUUAAUACUGAAUCCACCUUUGGUGCCAAUGUUAGUGUGGAAUCCCGGAAGGAUAGAGGCCGUUAAUAAAACCACCCGCCGGAGAAAUAGUGUGUGACAAGUGCGCCACAGAUUUCCACUUGGUAGUGACGACAGUGUGUGGCCCUAUGAAAUUCAAUUCAAGUGAUUGAAAAUAGCAAUAAAAAAAACACCGAGGUGAAUGUAAAAAAAAAAAAUAUUGCGCGUCAAGUAGUGUGUCAAGUGUGCGCCCUGUUGUCAGGCGUUGGUACUCUACUCAUCGAAGUGUUGGAGUUUUUUUCAAAAAAAUCCCUCGGUACAACUCGAGUGGGAUACGAGUGUCUGUGUGCUGUAGGUGGGGAAUAAAAAAGUCUAACCCAGGAGGAGGAUAAAAAAUCACGCUAAAAACAUUUGACGUCGGUUGAGGGUGAAGAGGAAAAAAAAAAGGAAGAGAGGAGGGGAAAUGAAUCCCCGAGUGGACUCCCUCGUUUGAGGGUUGACAUUGUGCUUAACGUGUAUGUGUGGAUGCAUUGAACCGUAAACCAAAACGCACGAGAGUAAAGCGGGUGAAAAAAAGUCAACAGAUUAAGGCAUCUCAUAUACAUUUGCCGAUACAAUUAACCGUCGGUUACGAGCGGCGUGUACCAUCUAACGGCCCCUGACAAGGAAUCCCAGUGCAUCAUCACAAUGCGGGAUCGUCUGUCGUGGUACAUGGUCUUUCUGAUCUUACCGACGAUAUUAUUAGCUCGAUCCCUUGACAAAGAUCGUCGUGUGCCCUACAACAUCCCCUCAGACUGGCGAGCGCUGUGGUACAAUAAUCUUGAUGAACUACAAAGAGUCAAUGAGGCUAAUGAAAAUAAUACAGUCUCAAACGUCACUGUACAACUCGGUGGUACAGCAUUCUUACAUUGUAAAUUAAGAAAUUUGGCUGAGCGCUCCAUCUCCGAUGCUGAGAUAUCCUGGAUACGUCGACGUGAUUGGCACGUAUUGACGAGCUCAUUGUUCACGUAUACGAAUGACGAGCGAUUCCAGGCGCUUCAUUCGGAGGGCUCGGACGGCUGGACGCUGCAAAUCAAAUACGUACAAGAACGAGACAAUGGAACAUACGAGUGUCAGGUAUCGAGAAGUACAGGGAUAAUAUCACACUUUGUGAAUCUGAAUGUCGUGAUACCAGAGGCGUUUAUACUAGGGAGUGAAGAACACCAUGUUGACGUGGGGUCUAUAAUAAGCUUGGUGUGCAUAAUUGAAAAGAGUCCAACGCCGCCGCAAUAUGUAUUCUGGUAUCACAAUAACCGGAUGAUAAACUACGAUACUGCGCGCGCUACAGUCAAUCUGCUGACUGAACCAGGACCAACUCAGAGUCGACUCACAAUUCGCCAAGCGGUUGAAUCGGAUACGGGAAAUUACACGUGCAGUGCUGCAAAUACAAAGGUAGCUUCAAUCUACGUCUUCGUGACAGAAGGCGAUAAAAUGGCGGCAAUUCAACGCCGUAAAACGUCCAGUGGAGAGAGGACAUCGGGUAGUUUGAUACUGGCGCUCAUUGUCACUGGCGCUGUUUUAGUGCGAUAAGCAUUUUCAUUCGAAUAAAAAAAAGAAAAACCACACACAAUGUCCAUUACUGUCAUUAAUUCGUUUUUUGAUCAUAAAUAACUUUAUAGAUAAUUCCCAAAUAUCGAAUACACAAUUCUGUGAAUUUUUUUUUCCAUUCAUUUGAUGAACAUGAUGAAUGAUAGAAAAAUAUAAUUGUUCAAUCGUUUUUUUGUAGAACUCUCGACAGAAAAUAAUGGAGCGCUCCGUGUUUAAUUGAUGAAUAUUUCGCGAAUUGGCGGAACACGGGAAUUUAUGUAAAUAAAUAUUUCAAUACAAAUUGGA